AAGCCAUAGUGCCGAGGGAGGCCUUUUGUACGGGUGCUGUGGUGAGGCGCUGCUUGUUGGCCGUGCAGCUGCGCAGGCGCUGUCGAGUGACGUAUCCUGCAGUCCCACGGUGAAUCGCGAAGACCAUCUUGCACGUGCAAAUCUUUGACCAUGAUGGCUUGCGCGCUGGUCUGGUCGGUCUGCGCGAAGCUGGCGUGUUCAGGAUGGUCCGUGCGCACCCCAGCCACGGAACACACCAGGACGAAGCAAAGCGGCACGACGAAGACGAAAGGGUUAGAUGCCACCAUCGCAACUGCGCUGCCGUGCAGUUGAAGAGAAGAUCCUGUGCGGGUUGCUGUCAACUUUGAACAAAGAACGAAGAUAGGGGAGCUCCAAUGACAGAGAUAUUAGUCGCCGCUGUGGCCUCGUGCUCGGCCAGCCUGAUCACGCACCCCAUCGAGGUAGCCAAGAUCCGUAUCCAGCUACAAGGGGAGCUGCAGCCACCGAAGAAAGACAAGUUCGGGCGGAUGCGGCCCGUGUACCGUAACGUGCCCCAGGCGCUGUACACGGUGGCCCGCUACGACGGCAUCCUCGCCAUCUACCGCGGCCUACUGCCGGGCUUGGGGUACCAGCUGUUGGCGAACGGGCUCCGGCUAGGCAUUUUCCAGACCAUCGAGGACUUCGGCUUGACGAUGGACGAAAACCUCGAACCCAGCAUCCGGCUGAGUGCAAUCUCCGGCGGAGUGGCUGGCGCCAUCGGGGCGUUCGCCGGCUCGCCGCUUUUCCUUCUCAAAACACACAUGCAGGUGCACUGCGCCACGGCGUCCAUCGCGGUCGGUUACCAGCACGGCUUCAGGACGGCGAGAGAGGCCUUCAUGCACAUCCACCGGACGCAGGGCCUGUGGAACGGCCUGUGGCGCGCCACCUCCGCCAACAUCCUGCGCAUCUCCACGGGCUCGGCCCUGCAGUUGUCCACUUUCAUCGGAUUCAAGACGCUGCUGAACACGGCCACGGAGGGCCGCGAGCGCUAUUUCUUCAUCAACACGGUGUUGGCGGCGCUCAUCUCUGGCCUUGCGUCGGCGCCCUUCAUCGCGGUCGUGGACGUACUCCGGGCACGCAUGUACGCGCAGCCGUCGAACGCGCGCGGCGAGGGCCUCUACUAUCGCAGCAUCUGGGACUGCGUGCGCAAGAUCAAACGCACCGAGGGCCUGCGGGGUCUUGCCAAAGGUCUUGGGGGUGCUUUCCUCUACACGCUCACCACUUCGUCCAUCACGCUCAUCUCGUGGGACGAGCUCAAGAACGCCCGCAGGGAACGUCGCCACUCGAGGGACUACUAUAUCGACUUCGGUUACCAGUGAUGCCCCACGUUACUUCUAGCUAGUAUUCCCGGUUACCUGUAUACGUUUACUUUUUCCCUCGUAUUCGAGUCUGGUGGAAGACUAUUUAUACCAUGACAAGUUUGCUCGGGACUUUCGCACUUCUUGUGGCAACACAGGCAUCCAGCUAAACCCGGUGUCAGUCAGGUACAGGAACGAUCAGAAGGCUCCCCUGGAACACAUGCAUACCUUGUUACUGCUCAGGGUAGAGGGAAAGAAGAGGCACUAGGCCAUUGCAUGCGUCUUUAGUCAGCGCUUCAGGGGCGCAAGUCGUGAAAGUCUAUAGUCAGGGACAGUUAAAGAAUGCAAAUGACUCCUACGAAAGGUUCCUGGGUUUGCUUCUGCGUAGUCUUGAACAGGAGGCGCCAGAGUGUUCAGCAACCAGGAACAUGCUGCGGUCACACUCCAUGUGCAUCAACAGCCAAUAGCGGCAAGUGUGGGGAACAGGAAGGCCUCCUCACGUGUACAAACAGCGCACAGAACUCUCGAAAGUGAUUAUAGGGGGGAUAUAUGUGAUAUCGCCUAGCCUCCACGUAACCUUGCGCACAGUUUGGGAAUACCACAGAAGAUAUAGAGGUAAUCCAAUUUGACACGUAGGGUGCAUCGACGAACACCGUCACUACCGCAGUAGACUUUUUCGAGCAAAGCGAAAGUGGGGACAUGAAUAGCAAGGAGAAAGGAGAGGGAAAUUCAUUCGAGGUGGUUUGCUAGUGCAAUUAUAUGCGUUCUCUUUCAAGAACAUUUGCUGCUGCAUUCUUGACCAGUCAUUUACUAUAGUGAAAAUGCGUCACGAAGGUAGUACGAACCUUAGCGCAAAACUCGGAUUACGUACGUAUCCACCAAUAUCGUUGUCCGACAACCAGCAAAGGGACUAACACGCAGUAGAGUGAUCAGACUACCGCUCCGCGCGUGUAUGUCCAGUAGCAAGGAAGAAAACGCCAUGGUCGUAAUACGACCUCUCGAACUUCCAAUUAUGAAUAUUCGCUGUUGUAACACUGCUUGUUUUGACUGAGCGAGUCCAUUCUAGGCUGAACUAUUCCCCUGGCGCUCCCUGCCUCUGGCGAUGCUGAGAUAUCACAAAACAAGACAGAGGCAGCGUGAAGCAUCUUGUAGUAUUGUACAAUGCUAGUUUUAGGCUAAAUGUUUCAAACGCAUACUGAAGGUUAGAAUGAACUUUGAUAGCUUGGAGAGAAAGGUACUGUUGCUGCGCUAAGUUAGUGGGUCUUUACUAACGGAUCUGUGCGCGUGAAUUGAAAUAAAACUAACGAACGAACUACUCGGAUAGCAGGUAGGUUUUGACACCAACUGCCGAAUCGCAGAAAUGCAUUGUCAUGCUGAGAAAAUUAUUUAUGUCUGUGAGGAGAACGUGGAAGCCACAUAACUACAUAGCAUAAGCUUGCCUUUGUCCGGUUAACUUACUUGGUGGUCAUUUCAAUUGCAACCAUGCAGUAAAGCCGGGGCCUGAUGUCCGUGAAUUACGGUUACGAAGUAUAACUAAUCAAAACCGAAUACACAAAAGGCAAAAGAGUGAACCAGAAGCUCUGAGGUAUUUCUUCAUUGGUUCAUACCUUUUAGGAGCACUCUGGUUCAAUUCUGCUAACGCUAUUCCUUUAAUAAGUGGAUUAAAAAAACUUUCUUCCUUAUUUACGCGCUGCAUGCCGAGCAUUUUAACGCUACAGAGAUCAUAGAAAAUGUGGCUAACUGGAUUGCAGUGGUGUCGCGUUUAUGUGGAAGGCCACGGGGUUUUGCCUAUCGAUACGAACUUUGUUAACUUGCAAACCUCAUGUGUACAGGAGGUAAUGACGUCGCCUCCUUUCUGGUGGCAGGUUAUUGCUGUUCAGUGCGACUCGUGCAUGAAAUUAUCUCCAGCUUUGUGUGCGACGUAUUUAUUGGUACACAUCUGUACCCCUUUGACAUAAUGACAUAACUGCGCCACUGCUGUUAUAGCUCGAUCGUGCCUACUUACACGGCAACAAAUCACAGGUACGUCCUUCGUACUCCAGGAAUAAGUGAUUCGAUUCGGGAGAUAUCCGAGAACGAGAGAGGGCGACUCUUUCGUAAGGUGGUAACAUUUUGACGAAAUGAAUUUCCAUCGUUUGAAGAAGACAAGAAGAGAAGUCCUUUUGUGAAAACGUUUGCUCUAGACUAAGGUAUCUUGUUCACUUGUGCUCCCGUAUAUCCUCUGCAGGUCUCCAUCUUACAUAUACCGCUUAUUAUACCUUGUAUUCGACACAGUGGUGCGCUAAAGGAAGUUUAGUGGCAACAAAGCAACGCUAUCGGCACUACAACUUUGAAUAUGAACAUGCGUUGUUCCUUUCACAAGGUGCCUCUUUUCAUAUUAUUUUCCUGCCGUCUCGCGUGAAACAUGGUACAAGGUAAUAAUUUUCGUUUUGAGCGGCUUUAUAAAACGGACACAAACUCUAUGUUCUGAACCUGUGCGGAGCGUCGCCAAGUCAUCAGCUUUCAGACACGGGUACACGCAGAAAGUUUCCGUGCGGAAUAUCCACUGCAUUCUUAGUGGAGUGCCCAUUCGUAAAUAUAUGUCUAAGUACGUACGUAUUUGAAAUUCAGCUUAUAACCACCUGGAGCAUAGAGGAGAAAAUUGUUUUGUUCUUUGUAACGUCAGCCCGAGCGCCAAAUAUUUCGCUAAGUCCUUGAUAACCCUGAUCGCAUAGAGAUAGCUUUUUUUUUCUCUAUUGCCUGGGAAAAGUGGAUAACUUCAGUUUCAUUCGGAGUGCAAGUUGUGUAACUACUAUUUAUUGACGUAUUUUUUACACCAUUCGCCGGCAACAGGCGUUUCUGCAUGUGCCACUACAUUCAGGAUUACAACACAGCAUGUGUUGGGACGUUGGUGUCAAAACUCGGGCCAGUUUGCGCGUGGUAUUAUGCACGCCAUUUUUUUCGAGGCACUUCUCCUUUUGCGAAACGAUCUAGUCAAAUAGAGGCAUUGACGUACCUUGGAGAAACUAGUGUAGGUUUAUGUCUUGCGAUUUCUGCAUUUUCGCUGCAACUUUUAUGGCUUUUUUCUUGGGAAGUCAUCAGCGGUGGCCAGUUCACGAUGUAUAAGGCAAUAGCAGUGAGCAAUCUGCAUUGUUCAGGACACAAUGCUCGCGUGGCAAGGCCUUAAGGAGAAUCGAUCGCUGAGUGCACGAGUGUUUGUAUUGCACUGUCCGACUAGCGAGUGAACGAGGCCUGACGGCCAAGACACAACGAACACGCUUGGCCGCUGGAGCUUUCGUUCAUGCUUGUCUGCUACCUUGGUCGCUCGAUCAGCUUAACCUGUAGCUGAUGAUGCCAACCAGUUGCUUUGGCAUGGCCGCGGUUGGCGUUUUGAAUUUGCUGUAAUCAACGAACUACGAGGGUUCAAGUAUACACCGGUUCUACUAAAACUGCACUGCGCCGUAGCCAUGUCUGUCGAAGAACUUCAAGUUCUAUUUACAGACGCCUCUUCAUGGUGAUCCUAUACUAUAGCAGCUGACAUAUUCCUUCAUUCAUGUACUGGACAGCCGUGUGCGGUCCGGUGCACUGUAGCCAGUUGCUGCCAUAUGCUACGAAAUAGAAGUGCACUCUACGUAAUUCGGUAAAAGAGCAUAGCUUUAUGUUCGUAUAGUAUUUGUGGCCAGUGUCAAAUACACUUCUACAGAACAUCCACGCUAAAGGCCUUACUCGCGUUAUUAAGGUUCCUGCGGUCUGCGGGGCUACACGAUAGACUGUAAGAAUGCCGCCCCCUACUGCUCUGUAGUGUAGGCGGUUUGGUCGUGCUUGUCUCUAUUUCUUUCUAUCUCCCCCUUCCGGUCUCUUUCUCGUUUUAUCCUCCUUCCCCCCGUGCAGGGUAGCCAACCGGAACUGCCUCUGGUUAACCUCCCUGCCUUUCAAUGCAUCCUUUUCUCUCUCUCUCUCUUUAGUACGCUUGCGCCUUCACCCAUUGUGAACUAAGGUUUAAAACAGCCUCAACCCUUUGUUGCAUGAAGAAAGAUUACACAUGUAAACUGUUCUUACUUUUAAUUUUUUAUUAAUGUGCAUCCAGAAAAAUUCAAGAUUUUUUUGUGUGUAUGUACUUGCAAAUGUUUAUUUCACAAGAGGCAGUAUGUCCACCACAGCGAACAGCAUGCGCACCAGUUCUAGUGAAUGUGGAUGCCGACAGCUUUCUUUUGCUCCAUGCAGGUGAAGUUCCUGCUCUCACAUUAACAAACGUAAGCUUUAAUACAAAAUGUUUGGAGCGGCCCACGGUACCCUACGUUAUUGAAUACGAAAAAGCAGUCACUUUUGCCGGUAGUAGGCAAGUAUACCUUGCAGUGGGGUAUGCAGUAAUGUAUUUCUUGGGGAGGGUGAAUGGGGGCACGCAUUUGAGUGCGGAGGGAGUGGCUGGGCAGGCGAGUGUUGUUUGUCGCACAUCGCUUUAUGCAACGUAUCCUGAUAUGCAUGCAAUUCAUGGCACUCCUAGGCUACGUCCCUAAUACCUUGCAAUUUGCACAUUUAUGUCGCUUCGCACUUGCAUACCCAGAUCUUGCAUACUUAUGCUUUGCAUUAUUUCUGAGGGGGAAAUGAGGGACAUUGCCAUAACGCACGCUGCAGCAACUAUACUUGAUUUCACAAGCGUCAUUCAUUUUACUGCGGCAGGAGCUUCUGGUAAAUUCAUAUUAGCUCGCGGCAUCAUAAGAUGAGCAAAUUGUUGUUACAUGAAAAUAUGAGGUAAAUAUAUAUGAAGAAGAAACCAAUUGAAAGUGAAAGGGGCAUAGACACUGCGCAGAAUUGCUUCCACGCACGUGUUCUUGUUGGUGUCAUGCGUGGUGUCCACUACAGUGGACAUAUUAGAAUAUGUGUUUCGAAGAAAGAACUUGGUGUCACUCAGCCACAAUACUUGCAGCUUUUGCCUCCGGAGGCUUCUUAAAUCACGUGCAGGCAAUUACAUGUACCAAACCGCAAUGUCACGAGAUAUAUAAGUAAAAGUGCGGGGACCCACGUGGGUUACCCGCCGGAACAACGGGACAUUAUCUUUGAAGCCGAGUGUGUGUGUUGGGGGGGAGGGAACGGUGGUUGGUGGCAAUGUACAAGGGGGCUAUAGAAAAGUUCUGUUGCCCACUGAAAUCGACACUAUGUGCAAGGGCUUCUCGGAACAAAAAGCGCUGAAAUUUUUCUGUUCUAGUGAACAGCGUGCCACAAAAGGUUAACGGAAGCAGCUUCGAUGCCGCGAAUGUGAAUUGGCUCUGCUAUGCACUCGAAACUUACAUUGUGAGUCGCCCUGUGGUGUGUCUUCAUCUGAUAUUGUUUUGGGUGAACGUGAGCAUGGCGUAAUGUCCCGCGCUGGGGAAGAAGUAGGCUGACUGCAAUGAAGCAGGUACCUGUCUUUGAGUGUUCGUCUGGUUUUACUAGCUUUAUGACACGUUUUCCAUGACCGAAUCACAAAUAAUGUGGUAUGAGGAUCUGAAUUCUGCGCGCAGCACCUGCAAACGAUGUCAGAUCUCCGGCGGUAAACCCGAGAGUUGUUCCUAUAUCGGAACAUUAUUUAUGAAUUUAUUAUACGUAUUUUUGCCAAGCAACGCAAAUACAGAGUAUUUUGGUAUCGAUACCUAAAAUAUGCGAUGGAAAUCAUAUUUAUUUUAUGCUAUCGGCAAAGAAGGGUAGACAGCGCACUGCGCUUGCUGGUGCCGUCACUCCUUACGGUAGACGACAGAUCUCGUCUCCAGGCGUCACAGCGUUUUCAUUGUUGCACACAUGCACAUGGAUUGAAUCCAACUUCAACUUAAUUGUCUCAAAAAGUUCGAAAACCUUCAUUCUUGCGAAAGAAAGCUUUUCCAUUUCUCAGACCUAAGUGAGACUGAAACAUUCGUAGUAGGAAGUUUUGUCGGUUCAGAAGCGAUAUGCUGCCAGGAAAAAAAUUAUUAAGACAUGCAUGGCGGCUGGAAGAAUACAGAUCACGUAACGACACGCAGUUGACGCCGAGUGUUCGGGUAGUACUGCAACCGUGCACGUCACUUAGAUCGCAGAGACGACCUUCACCAUCUGUAAACAACUUCACUUGCAAGCAGGAGCCAACGUUUCGACAAGUGGGCUUGUCUUCUUUAAGGCCUUGACCACUUGUCGAAACGUUGUCACCUGCUUUCACCUUGUUCUCGCUUUGCUCAUCGUCUGGAAGUUCCAUCUCCCGCCUUCCCCGUGUUUUCCCUUCACUUGCAAAGACAUUCUAUCUCAACAGGAACCGAGAGAAAUAAUCCCGGGCAAUGUCCACAGGAACAGAUGUUAAUUCCACAUAUUAGACACCGAUGGCAAUUAAUCAGCAUGCAGUGUAAGUUAAAAUAAUUGUUCUGCAUAUGUCGUCAGAUAUUCACCUUAAAAUAUAUCUGUUAUGUUUUCCUUACGGGGAAAAAAAAAGAGGUUAAGGGGCCUAUUAGUCAUGUAUAUACUAAAUUAAUACUAAGGCAUUUAUAAAGUAAGGCAAGAAAGAGGAACCAGUUAUGACUUCAAGAGUACUUUAUGCCUUCACCGUUUACUGAGUCACAUGUACAAAACAACAAAAUUCAGUGGUGAUUUAGCGGUAAAUGCGAGAGAAAUGCGUUGGCAUUACGUCGCAGCUCUUUAAGUCCCGGACUCAUGAUUGAAACCGCGUUCACCACAUUACAAAGUGUUGUUCAGGAGCUCACUCGACGCACGCCCUGCCUCUUCGAGGAACGAAGUGCAACUGACGGUGGUCCGGAGCAGACAGUUGCACUGACGUUGGUCUGCUCGUGACAGGCUACCGCUGUCACGUGGCCGACUUCCUACGCUUUCACGCACAUACAUUUGUUUUCCGCUUUGACAGUACUGAUGCUAACGCAUUAAAAAAAAUACUGAAAAUUUUACCGAAAGACAGAAUCUACAGUCACGCCACUGCCGUGCACCACGUGCCUUUAAAGAUGAUGAAGAAGAAAGAAGAAAAAAAAUUGUUUCCUUUUUGACAGAAUGCUCAGCAGAUCAUGUGCGAUUAGAUAAAGCAUCAAAAUUGAACGCUACUUGUUUCAUGGAGCAGCUUACCUUUUACCUGAAAUCAGAUUGUCUAACUUGCCACUUGGUAUUCAGCAGCUGAAUGCCAUAGCCACCGCGACGAGUGGGGGCCAUUUUGUGUCUUUGACUAGAGCGACUAUGCGUCACUGACUAUAAUAUACUGUCCGAAAAACGAUGCACAAAAGAGAGUGCCAGUCGCCCUAAAGCGUUAGUACGAUUAUCGCGCAUUACAGAAUAGACCGAAGAGAAACUCGACCUUCACUAAAGUGACGUUGCGUGCGCGUUCGCUCGGAAAGCGCUCACGUAAUCUCUGUUUCUUUUCUCUCUCUUAUUUCUUUCUUGGCGUCCGCCUUCGCACUGUAACGAUUGUAGCAACAUAAACGCAUUCCUACUCGCCCAGUUCUCUAUUAGUGUGUGCACACUAUCUUAACUACAAUAUGCUUAUGUAACCCCACCUUUCCACUCGUUUCAACCGUAUUUUUUUUUACCACAUAUGAAUCUUACGAUGACUUCGAAAGCAUCAUUUUUUAUUGUCUUUUCUCACGUUUGCCCUAUUUUUUUGUGACAUAACUGUACUAUUGGUUGAUUCGACCCUUUUAAACAUGCGCAAGUUUUAGUGUGUCGACAGCACGUACAAGAUGGACGCGCAACAAUUCAGCAAUACUUGAUUUGUUCAAUAACGUGCCAUUGACAAAAUGUAGUAUUUACUCCUAAAGGAUUCGCUCGCAGGCUAGUUGGUACAUUUGUUUUAGUAUUAAGUUUGUGCAGCGCAAAAAUGAACAGAAUGUGAAGGAAUACAAAACGACAUAAACCAGCGCUGCUCUUUGGUAUUGGCCUCACUUUGUUAUGCCAGAAGAGGUACAUAGCACGUAGGUGUGCGCUACGGAUAAGAUUGAUGGUACAGGCGGCGCCGGAUUAGUUCUGCCGCGCUAGAGUUUGACAGGCACAUAAUGCUGCCUCACGUCGCUACUUCCUCGCGGACGGGCUACUUUCAUAGACGCCCAUACACACGCAAAGACUUACGUCACUCGUGGAGUCUGCCAAAUAGGCGACAAAACGACACACAGUUUGAGCAAGUAUUCUGCCAAAGUACCGAGGUUAAGGUCCAAGAGCAACGCACCGCCUAAGACGGACGCCGUUGUUAGGGACGCCGGAUUAAUUUCGGUGGUCACGAGCGCUUUUGCAUUCCGCUCCCGUCGCAUUGCGCCCGUGGCGGCCGGGUAUCGAACGUACGACCUCGUGCGCAGCAGGGGAAUGUUGUACACCCACUGAGCCACCGGAGCAGGUCGCCAAGUAUUCUGUCACACUGCCAUGCUUUCACUUUUGCAGCGCGUGGCAACUUUCCGUAUUCGCGAUAUGCCGGCUCAGUUACGCGCGUUUGUUGAGACGAGUCGUUUUUGCGCCACUUUACGAGUGACGCCGUUUAAACGUAGAAAAACUAUAGCAUAUCGCUGUUAUUUCUUGUCUUCUCCCCGGAACGAAAGCGGCCGAGGUUGACUACAUUCGUCGCUGGCCUCUCGCGCCGCUUGCCUUGACAAUCUUGAUCUCACAUGCGCAUUACGCGCAGGCGCGCAACGUGCAGGCGAAACGUACGCGACUUCUAGACAGUGCGUAUGCGCGGACUACACUCUGGCUGUGCUACGAUCCGCGUACUGGCUGUGCCAUGUGACUACGCCGCCGUGAAGCCAUUGUAUGCUUUAAAACUUGGCCGCUGUAAUGUAGCGAUUCUUUUCCCUUGAUUCUGUACCUUUUCUUAUAUCCACCGCUCAUGAACUGCCGAUCACAGUGAUAAGGUAGGCGGAGCGCCGCUCGUACCACUGACGAAGGGCUAAAAGGAACAUAAGUGGAAUAGGAUCGUUACAUUAUCCCGACCCUGGAUUCAGUACACGAAUGUGUAUUCAGAGGAGCCUCUGCAUGGUAUAGAGCUGCAACAGCACGCCAAAUGAUGGUGGCUAAAUAAAAGGAAAGUGAUUUCAUGGGAAAGCGUGACAAUAGUUGUGCGUGUAUUUUAUGCAAGAAGAGCAUUCCGCCAAUGUCACAGCGAUGUUUUGUUCCCCACGAGUUUUCGUGCUACCUAUGCAAAGUAUAUUAUCUCGCAAGUUUGCACUUGUGUCCACCGAACUCUGCGCCCACGUGUGAUUGAGGAAAGUGCACGCCGAAGUGGUUGCUGCCAUGCGAUCAGUGUUUUUGGAGGAAGUACCAAGACUCCAAGCAUUGCUUGAGCUUGAAACGAUCGAGCUGUCUCCGUGCGAAAAAUAAAGGAGUGUUAUGAAUGUUGUUUAUGGUUGUUGUAUUGUGUAACGAAAGGAAUAAACA